UAUAUAUAUAAUCAAAAGUAUUGGGCCAGCCCACCAAAUCAUUGGAUUCAGGUGUUCCAAUCCCCUCCAUGGACACAGGUGUAUACAGUCAAGCCCCUAGGCAUGCAGACGGCUUCUACAAACAUUGGUGAAAGAAUGGGUCGCUCUCAGGAGCUCAGUGACUCCAAGCGUGGUCCCGUGAUAGGUGGCCACCUGGGCAAUAAGUCCAUCAGUGACAUUUCCUGGCUACUAAAUAUUCCACGCUCAACUGUUAGUGGGAUUAUAACAAAGUGGAAGCCACUGGGAACAACAGCCACCAAGUGGUAGGCCACGUCACAUGACAGGGCGGGGUCAUCGCAUGCUGAAGCACACAGUGCGCAGAAGUCGCCAACUGCCUGCA